AUGAGCCCACUAGAAAGCCCAAAUUUUAUAGCACGUGCCACUCAGGUGCUUCAAAAUUUAGAACUUGAACGAACAGACGAAACGCCGCCGCCGAUUGCCAGUGCUCGGAGCGCCGUCGCCAUCUUCUCAGUUGAUCUGUAAAGACGAAGGUAGAAGCCGGAGACGGGAUUGGUUAUUUCUUCCGCCGAAUGGAUAACGGCGGCAAAUUCCGAUGCGUCGAGUGUGGAUUAGCAAUCAACUCUCUCUACAUUCAAUACUCCCCCGGCAACAUCCGCCUCAUGAAAUGCGAGAACUGUAAAGCUGUCGCCGACGAGUACAUCGAGUGCGAAAUCAUGAUUCUCAUGAUUGAUUUGAUUCUACAUAAAAGGAAAGCCUAUAUGCACUUAUUCUAUAAUAUGUUUACUCGGGAGAAACUCAAUUUUGAGGGAUUGUUAUGGAAAUCACUUCUGGGAUUUCUUCUCAUGGAUUCUUACAGAGUGAUGGUCUUAAGCACUAGUCCAAAGGAGAGGAUCUUGCCUGCAAGCUUCAAUUCAUUUUUGUCCAUCUAUGGAAAGGCUCUGUAUGGAGUCCUCUUUGGGAACCUCAUCUUUCUUGGAAUGUUACUAUUUGGCACAAGGCGGUUUCUGAAUGCAACCAGUAGAGAUUCGGGGUUUAGGUCUGUAUUGCUUGCAAUCCUUGUUUCAAGUUACUUAAAGAUAUUCCUUGUGGCGAUGAUGGUAUGGGAAUUUCCUCGUCCUGUUAUUUUCGUUAUUGACAUGUUUGUCUUCUCGUCCAAUACACUAGCAUUGAAAGUGGUUACUGACAAAGACAUGAUUCGAUGCCUAUGGAUCUGCUUGGCUGCACAUACCAUGAAGUUAUUCAUUGAGCAAACCCUCAUAGGAUUUGCAGCGGUCUCCCAAAUCUAUUCAUCUUCAUAGUUACUUUGAAUUGCAAACUUCUAUGGUACUGGCUUCAGAGGUGUGGUUUCAAUUUCCAUAUAUUAGUUUUCAUCUGCCUAGCAGAGUAGCGGAAACUAUAUAUAUAUGUUCCAUCUUUUGAGUAUCUGUGGAAGUUGGUCAGGGUAAUUGAGCGCCAAACUGGUUCAAUUAAUCUCAUUCAUUUGGAUCAAGAAA